GGGAGAAGCGGGAAGAGAUGUCGGCCCGCACAAAUGCGCUGCACAGACCACUCUGGCGUCUAUAUGACACAAUUCUCUUCCUCUUCAUUGCGUCAUGCAGAUCCUUGCCGUGAACGAGAUGCUGGCGGCGCUGGUCGGUGAUUCUCUCCUCGUGCUCCAGCUGGAGCCACACUUUGCGAGCACGUGCAACACCUGGAGAGCGCCCGACGUGGCAAUCUGCCGCCCGUGGACCUGUUCAAGGGGCUGAAGAUGAGGGAGUUUCGUUCAAGUAUGUCAAGAAAGGGAGGCCUUUCGCAGGAUGGCUGAUGCUGUGGGACGCAAGCACGCAGGCCUCGGGUAGGUCUGUCGCCAGAUGAACUGCAAUUGCUCAUUUGUGUUCUGUUUCUCCAGCCACACCGUCAGCGGCACGGCGCAGGGCAAGGGCUCCGCCAUCAGAUGUGCUUAGUCUGCUUCACCCAGUGAGUCGCGGGAAGAACCUCAGGCAGACACCACCUGCUGCUGCUGGUGGUGGUGGUGGUGGUGGUGGUGGUGGAGGGGGCAAAUGGAUUGGGGUGCUGGAGCAGGUCUUGUAUGCCCUGUGGUUGGUGCUAUAUGGACCGAGGGAAGAGAGAGAGAGAGAGGCAGGUCAUGACUUGCCCAUUUGCGUGGGGCGUCGGCGCCAUUCAACUCAGCCCAAUCGCAUGACCAGCACCACACUGGCGGCUGGCGAAGGCUUUAUGAAGCAUUCAGGAAGGCUAAGAGGACGUUCAUCGAGACGGGCAGCCAACCGGUCAGUCAGUCAGUGAUAGAGAGGUCGCGUCCGUGAGUACACGCCCAUUCAUACACAUGUGCUGUCUUCUGCUUGGCUGCAUGCAGGAUGCCUUCCCGGAGGUGCUCGCGAGCCUCACACUCUCUGUGGCGGAGACGCCAGCCCAGUCGCUCCACCAACGAGGCGCGUCGCCCAUGCAAAGUGGGGCGUCGUCGCCCAUCAGCUCAGCCCAAUCGCGGCUGAGUGAGCCGACGGAUGACCACCACACCUGCUCUCUAACGCCCCGAUUCGCCAUCUCAUGCGAGUCGAUUGGCAUCGGCUGAGCGGGAACGAGAACGACAGCGUUGACGUCUGUGAUGCCUUGGCGCCAUGGCAUCAGCCAACAUCGAAGUGGCCAGCUCGGCAACUGCUUCCUGGUCUGACCCCAAGUGAGGGAGGUUUGCUGAAUGACACUCGUACGCGCUGCCUCUCGUGCUUAUCAUGUCCACACAAGCGGGAGGAGGGAGCCAACCACACACACUCCGGUUGUGUCGGCGCGUGAUGUGUGUGCGGGGAGGGUUCUUUUUUGUACCACUAGUUGAGUAUAGGCACUUCACCUUCAAUAAGCUCGCAUGAUGGCAAGGGGGCUUCUCCAUCGCAGGAGGCCAUGGAGGCAUAAGACGGAGCACGGCAUCAGCUCCGCCUCCCCCUGACGGUCCUGGCGACAUGCGAUUCAUCGGAGGAGGUCGACAUCUGCAGGAGGCGCACCGGAGAUGCAAAAAGGCUGACUGGGAUAAUUGAACCACUCGAUGCAUCCUCGUGUGCUCCACUUAGGUAUGCACGAGGACUCAGGUAUGCAUCCUCGUGUGCUCCACUCAGGUAUGCAUCCUCGUGUGCUCCA